GGAAUGAUCAUGUCCCUCGAUCUGCUGGCAAUGCUCCUACUUAUACAGCCCAAAAUGCUGAUGAUUUGGUGAGAAGGAAGAAGAUCUGAGAACUUCAGCCCUUAGGUAAGAGUGAAGAAAAAGGGGCUACAUGGGAAAAGGCUCAGGCUAGCAGCAGCGAACUGGAGGCAACUGCUGUUGAUAGUGUCUCUGUGUUGGGACCCGGAAUAGUGGGUGGGCCCUGGUUCUCCCACUGGUGAAGUGGUCUAAGCCCCAAGCAGGGGACAAGUCUUAGAAUCCCAAAGGCAGGGCAGGAUUUAAAGGGCCCAGAGAUGGGGCUGAAUACCCUGAUGAAGGCAGGCAGUGUGUUGAAUUCUUUGCUACCCCAAAAGGGGUUCAUCCAUUUGACUGUGUGAGUUAGCCUGGCUGCCUAUCAGAUUUGCCUCGUGCUGCCUGCUCUCCCUUUUUCUUCUAUAAUGGACCUGUGUGAGUUGGCCGGAGAGCUGAGCCUCUGAAGACCUACAGAGGAAGGCUGACACCCUACUGAAGGCACUAGGGGCCAGAAAGGCUUGCAGUAUCACACCCAGCCAUUAGGAGGCACUUGGGAGGCUGUGGAAAUGGCAAAUACCUUCAUAUCAAUUCUCAGACCUAUAAGGUGGGCUGUGAUUACUGCUUCCCUUUGGUGGAGUCAGCACGAAAUGAUGGCCAUGAAGUAAUGGUGUGUCAUAGUCUGUGCCUGCCAUAUCGGAAUGAGUGUUUUGAUGCGGUCUUAUCCAUUGCUGUGAUCCACCAUUUUUCAACAAAGGAGCGGCGCGUGCGAGCGAUAAAGGAGAUGGCUCGCACCUUGAGAGUAGGUGGCCAGAUGAUGAUAUACGUGUGGGCAAUGGAGCAAAAACGGCGAAAAUUUGAAAAGCAGGAUGUCUUUGUUCCUUGGAAUCCUUCACCACCUUCCUGGACCUUGAGUAACACUUGUUCUCGUGGAAUACAGAAAUCAAUUAAUCAAAAGGACAAAAGGCUGGCUUUGGACCAACACUCCCCUAAGUUAGCUGGCACUUCAAAAGCACACAGGCAAGCAAGAAGCUCAUCCUUUGUGGGGGAGAAGGAAACCACACACAACUUAUUUGAAAAAUCCCUGAGAUGGUCUCUCUUUUCAAGAUCACUUGAUUCAAUAUUAGACUUGAGUAAUCAGUGGCACCAAAGAGAGCUUAGCACAUUUUCCAAUGGCAAUAUUCAGCUGGAUGAAUUAAACAGGGGAAAGCUUUUUGAACAAAUCAGGCAAGGUGGCUUCAUGAAGCAUAUUUCCAACUUGUCUUUGCGUUGCAGGCAGAAUUCUGAAGAUAAUGCUUCUGAAGUAGCUGUAGAACCAGGGUCACCUAUGAUAUGUCACCCAGUGCCUUUCAAAAGUUGUUAUUCAGAAUUAGGCCAGGACACUAAGCAGCCCCCAGUGUCUCCAGCUAUAAUUCAUGACUGUAGCAGAGUGUGUUUACCUGACCUGGUUUCCCAUCAAAAAGAUGUCAAACAGCAACUUAAAAUAGAUUAUCACCCAAAACAAUCAGCUUUCCACCAACUCCAAAACAGAAGGAAAACAGUCAGCUCUCUACAGGAUACCAAUAAUUAUUGUUCCAUGGCCACAUGGAACAAACAGCCGCAAAGGAGUCCUAAUGGGGCUUGUCUUAGGUACUACCAUGUUUUUAAAGAAGGGGAGUUGGUUGAACUGAUAGAACAUCAUGUUCCUGAGCUACAUGUUAUUCAUUCAUACUUUGACCAUGCAAAUUGGUGUGUGAUUGCAGAAAAGAUUCACGUGUGGAAGAUCUAGGGGAAGAUUUUCAAAGGCACAAGUGACUGACUGCAUUUGAAAGUUAAUGGGAGUUCGGUGCUUGAUGCCUUUGAAAUUGUCCCCCAAGCUUUUUAUCCCCAUCUUGUGCUUUGACUCUCUGUGUGUCUUUGUUUCUUUUGUUCUGUACUUGACUGUCACAGUCAUAUACCCUUUUAAAAUCAUUUUAUAGAAACAUUUCCUUCUAUAAUUGUAAUUUCAGGUUGGAUGCAUUUUAAGAGCUUUUUCCAUGGCUUUUUAACAGUAGCUGUCAGUUUUGGUUUUUGUUGUUUUAGAAUAGUUAAAAUGCAUUUAUAAGUUUUCCCGUUGGGAUGUUUUUAUAUGGAUAUUAAAGAUGUUUGUUACUCA